AUGGCGAGUGCCUCGAUUAAAGAAUUCGGUAAAGCCUGGUGGUCGGAGGUGUACAACAGGAUUAUUGGUGCCGUUGUGUUUCUGGAUAAUGCGAGCGCUGAAUGCCUCCACUGGGACGGUGGACUCUUCAACCUGCUAUCUGGAGGAGCUGUUGCUGUCAGAAAUUUGUCCCCAUUUGAGUUUUGUAGAGAAGAAGACAAAAAAGCUGUGUUCAUAACACAAGCAACAUGGACACAGGUCCAAACAAUAUGUGAUAUUAUCAGACACAGUGAGUUCACACAUGUCAUUGUUAUAUGUUGUGUGAGCCUAGACGUGUUGUACUUGGAGGUGAGCCAUGACAAAGAUGUUAGUGACAAGAUUGCUGCAGGCAAAGGAGCCGCUGAGGGAGCCAAGUUAUUGGAGAAUGUUCUAAAAGAGUCCUUUGAAGGGAAGCAAUGUUCAAUAGAAAUAGUACAUGUACCAAUAUUUACAAUAUCUUUGACAAAUAUAGUGUUUGUCACACCACCAUACCAGCAUGUGUACCCAAAAUGCAGGGCUAAAAUCACCCCAGAAACAAGUCCAAUGGACCUGUAUACUUUACUGGUUAAUGAAAGGAAUGAUGCCAGAAGAUUGGCCGGUUCACUAAAUAAUAUGUUAGAUUCUAUGAAUUUAAAAGAAGAUAUUUAUUAUAUGGGAGCCUACAGUACAAUUUUGGCUGGUAUUUUGGAAAACUCUCCUGUCUGCUUGGCUAGGCGCAAGAAUUGUUUGCACCCUGCCUCACUAAUAAUUGUAGACCGAACACUGGAUGUUUGUGGCGUAACUAGUCAUUCUACAGAGUCGGUGCUAGACAAGAUCCUGACCUUGCUACCUCGGUUCCCAGGACAUUCUACUGAAGUUGCUGUGGACAUGUCGCCUCUAUGUGAGGCUAAAAGUUAUCCUCUAAGUAAUGUUGAUGACAAUCAACUGAGUCCAGGCUGUUUGUACCACGCGACUGACGACUGUUGCAUCCAAACAUAUGACUACAUGAUCAACAAGUCACAGAAAGAGGUUAUGUUCGACUUAUACAACAAAUUGUCCAAAAUCGACGUACAGAAGUCGCCCAGUCCCAAGAAGCUGUUGAAAGUCACGCCGCAAAGCGUCGAGAAAAUCAUCACAGCUUCUAAAGGCAACUACCAAAUAAUUGCUAACCACUUAGGGGUGUUGCAACAAGCCUGUGCAGUACUACAAACAUUGAAGUCACCAGGGCGUGUGCAGCUAGAACUGCUUAUGAGCCUGGAGAAACAGUUUCAAGAGAAUCUCGCCACCAGUCGAGACUCCACCUCCGUACUGCAACAAAUAAGCCAUCUAAUUGAAACUCGUAAGGACCGAGAACUAUCUCUGGCCAGUCUUAUGGCGCUACUAGUCCACAUCUACUCACUAAAAGGCAAAGAAAUCCGCUUCUCAAAGCAACACGAAGAUGCACUAGAGAAGGUGUUGAGCCAAGCAAUAUAUGAUGACCAACGCUUAAUGCUGGAGGUUUUGGAAACGGUGUCUCCAGAGGAGUGCGAAAAUAUUGCCAGACUUGUGAUUAGCAGGUUGAAAGAGGUUGCGAACAUAAGAGCUUCUAUGGUGAGGUACAAUAUCCUACUGAAACCUUGCGAAACGGGCGUCGGGCACGAAUACAAAGGCUUACUGCAACAACUGGUUGAAGACCUGGUCGACACAGAGAGACCUGAUAUGUAUGACUUGAAACAUGGGAAUGAGUCCCUCGUACUCAAGACCAAGGACUUGCUGAGGACUGGAUUCAACAUGCUCAAACAAAAGAAAACACGGACUGCAAAACAUCCUUUGGAUAACCCUACAAUUAUCAUAUUCGUCGUCGGCGGCAUUACGGCUGAAGAAUGCAAGCGCUUGCACCGGAGCGUGAUCACGAGCGGUGUUGACAACACCGUGCUGAUCGGCUCCACCAAACUGGUCACGCCUAUUGAAGCUAUGGAGGACGUGUUGUCCUUGACGUCGAAUGCUUAA